AUGAACUGGAAGGUGCUUGAACACUUCCCCCUGCUGCUGUAUAUCUUGGCGGCGAAAACACUAAUCCUCUGCCUGGCGUUUGCCGGAGUCAAAGUCUACCAGAGGAAACGACUGGAAGCAAAGCAGCAAAAGCUGGAAGCUGAGAAGAGGAAGCAGGUGGAGAAGAAGGAGAGCUAG